GCUCAUUCUAACCUCGUUUAAACGCAUUCCGUCGUCUCCGACGGCUCUACAUUUCUCUCCGCGUUUUCUCCGUUAGGUUUCCGUUUCUUCCUUCUUCUUUUUCUCCGCCUCUUUUGCCCGGAUAAUUCUCCUUUCCAUUCAUUCCCGAUUCCUCUUUGUUUUCUUUUCUUUUUUUUUUUUGUUUUUGGACCGAAAUUCUUAAUUCCGUUCUUUGAAUUCGUUUCCAGAUCUGCAUGGUGAAGAACAGUUUCGGUGUUUAAGGCUUUGAUUGGUGUGUUGUUUUAAUUUCAUUUUUUGUUUCUUCGUUCUUGUGAAAUUCUUCUUCUGACCGGAUCGCGGUGGGAUAUUGCAAGUGUAUAGGUGAUCGUGGUAAAUUUGGCGGUGGAAAUAGCUACUCUUUCUGCUUCUUUUGGGGGGGUAGCCGGGGCCUCGGCCUCGGCGGGUUUUAAAGCCCCCACUUGCACAAAACUCUGAAACUUCCAUUACUUUUUCUUAACAACUUCUCUAACUACGACUCUCUUCUUUCUUUAAUUUUUCCAUUUUCUUCUUUUUAUUCAUUUCUUGAUCCGUCGUCGGAGAGAUGCCGGCCCUAGCUUAUUGCGUAGACGCUGCUGUAGCUCCUCCUCCUGGCUACGUUUUUGCUGGGGAUAGCUCUCUUCCGUCGUCGGUUUUAUUUUCCGGCGGACCUCCGGAGACUACCAUCUUUUCCUCUCCUGACUCUCCUCCCACCUCUGAAAACAUGUCAUGGUCUCCUCCUCUUUCGUCCUCUCUUUACAAGAUUGAUGGGUGGGGUGCUCCUUAUUUCUCUGUUAAUGGUUCUGGGAAUAUGGCUGUUCGUCCUUAUGGGACAGCUACUUUACCCCAUCAGGAGAUUGAUUUGCUUAAAAUUGUGAAGAAGGCUUCAGAUCCGAUUUGUUCUGGUGGUCUUGGCUUGCAGCUUCCUCUUAUUGUGAGAUUUCCCGAUGUGCUUAAGAAUCGUCUUGAGUCUCUUCAGUCUGCAUUUGAUUAUGCUAUUCAAUCUCAAGGAUAUGGUUCUCAUUACCAGGGUGUUUAUCCCGUUAAAUGUAACCAGGAUAGGUUUGUUGUUGAAGAUAUUGUGAAAUUCGGAUCUUCUUUCCGUUUUGGGCUUGAAGCUGGGUCGAAACCAGAGCUUCUUCUGGCAAUGAGCUGUUUGUGUAAAGGGAAUUCAGAUGCCUUUUUGGUGUGUAAUGGUUUCAAGGAUGCGGAGUACAUUUCUUUGGCGCUUAUUGCCAGGAAGCUUGCUUUGAACACGGUGAUUGUUAUUGAACAAGAGGAAGAAAUUGAUUUGGUUAUUGAUUUGAGCAAGAGGCUGUUUGUUCGUCCUGUGGUUGGUAUGCGCGCGAAGCUGAGAACCAAACAUUCUGGACAUUUUGGGUCUACCUCUGGCGAGAAAGGAAAGUUUGGUCUUACGACUACCCAGAUCCUUCGGGUGGUUCGGAAGCUUGAACAGGCUGAUAUGCUUGAUUGCCUUCAAUUGCUACAUUUUCACAUUGGAUCCCAGAUCCCUUCUACUGCUUUGCUCGCUGAUGGCGUUGGCGAGGCUGCUCAGAUCUAUUGCGAAUUGGUCCGUCUCGGUGCCAACAUGCGUGUUAUUGACAUUGGAGGUGGUCUGGGUAUUGACUAUGACGGGUCGAAGUCUUCGGACUCUGAGUUAUCUGUUGCUUAUGGACUCGAAGAGUAUGCUGCUGCGGUUGUUGAUGCAGUCCGCUGUGUAUGCGACCGUCGGUCCGUGAAGCACCCAAUAAUUUGCAGUGAAAGUGGCCGAGCAAUCGUCUCUCAUCAUUCCGUUUUGAUAUUUGAGGCUGUCUCUGCUAGCAGCUAUGAGGUCCCAUCCAUGAGCUCACUUGAACUUCAGUAUCUUGUCGAUGGGCUAACCGAUGAGGCUCGUGUAGAUUAUCAGAACCUUUCGGCUGCAGCUUAUAUGGGUGAGUAUAAAACAUGCUUGGUGUAUGCAGAUCAACUGAAACAACGAUGCGUUGAGAAAUUCAAGGAUGGGUGUUUGGGAAUGGAACAACUAGCUGCUGUAGAUGGACUUUGUGCUCUUGUUGCCAAGGCUGUUGGAGAGUUGGACUCUGUUAGAACCUACCAUGUGAACCUCUCUAUUUUCACGUCAAUUCCUGAUUUCUGGGGUAUCGACCAGCUGUUUCCAAUUGUCCCCAUUCAUCGUCUUGAUCAGAGACCAACCGUGAGAGGCGUGCUGUCUGAUCUUACCUGUGACAGUGAUGGUAAGAUUGAUAAGUUUAUUGGUGGUGAGUCGAGUUUGCCGUUGCAUGAGCUGGAAGGCAAUGGCAGUUUGUCAGGUGGAGGAGGUGGGCGAUACUAUCUUGGGAUGUUUCUGGGCGGGGCUUAUGAGGAGGCUCUCGGUGGUGUUCACAACCUGUUUGGUGGCCCGAGUGUGAUUCGGGUGAUGCAGAGUGAUGGACCGCAUAGCUUUGCGGUGACUCGCACUGUGCCUGGGCCAUCAUGUGGGGAUGUCCUCCGAGUGAUGCAGCACGAGCCCGAACUCAUGUUUGAGACCCUCAAGCACCGAGCUGAAGAGUUUGGACAGGAGGAUGACGAUGGUGGUGAGGGCAUAGCUAAUAGCUUGGCCAUGUCCUUUCGCAAUAUGCCUUAUUUGGCGAGUGCGUCUUCCUGCUGCAGUGAGACUGAUUACAAUGGUGCUGUGGAUUCUGGUGCUGGCGAUGCCGAGCAAUGGACUUACUGUUAUGCUUGACAAAGUUUGUUAAGAUUUAGGCGUCCUCCAGCCAUCCCUAAUUAGCUAUUGCAUUUCUUCUCUAGUAGGUCUGUUUUUGUUGUCCUUAUGGGUCCGUCGAUGUAUUUCCAUUAAUUUCCCUUUUCUAUAUUUUGCAAAAA